AUGAAUUAUAUCAAAUCAGUUUUUAAUGCAAUCGAUGAAAGUGUUUUUAUUGAAAAUAUUGAUUUAUCUAGCAAUGAAAGCUAUAAAGUAGUUUUAAAAACGAAAAUUGAUCCAGACGAUGAUAGUUCGUACAGUGCUAAUUGUGACAAUUGGGUUCGUAAAUAUUCUGAACACACGAAAACAAAUUGGAUUGUAUACAAAACUCAUCCAAAUUACAAAAAAUUUGAAUACCUUAAGGAAUACGUCUGUCAACAUUCCGUGAAGAAUAAAUCUAUACAUGCAGAAUCCAAUGCAACACGAGUACGCAACAAAAAUUGUACAGAUAGUAUUGAUAUUCUGAUUCGAAAGAAGACGAAAAAACUUUAA